AUGGGUGAAAAUCAUAUCACACAAAUAGCAGGAGGAAGUUACAUUAUCCUUCCUGAAGAUAUUGUUCUUUUGUCAAACACUAUAAAAGGCUUGAUCAGCUUUGUUUAUCCUGAUCUUCCAAUCUAUGCUAAUAAUCCUUACUAUUUGGUGAAAUGUGCAAUUAUUGCUUCCAAAAAUAAUAAUGUUGAUACAAUUAACACAACUAUUAUGAAUCUAUUUCCAGAUAAAACAACUGAAUAUUUAAUUGCAGAUUCUAUUGGAGUCUGUGUAUUUCUUCUUCGUAUCACUCUCAUACCUUCCAAUAGUGAUUUAUCUUUCAUGCUUAUGCAUCAGCAAUUUUUUGUACAACCUGCUUUUGCGAUGACUAUCAACAAGGCACAAGGCCAAACUUUAAAUCGAGUAGAUGUUUAUCUGCAAACUCCUGUAUUUUCUCAUGGCCAGCUUUAUUUUGUCUGUUCAAGAAUCACAUCUAAGCAAAAUCUUAAAAUCUCAACUUUAGAUAGACAUGUGGGAGCAG